AUGAACAGAAACAUUGGCAACCCUUUCAAGUGGACUACGUGAAUAUCAACAAUUUGUCAUCGUUUGCAGUUUUGCAUUUGCAUUGUAAUUCAUUUUAUAUUUACCUUAUUAAAAUGAAUAUUGCUAUUUUUGGUGAGCUCAAUCAAUUUGAACUGGUUGUGCUCACUAGCUUGAUGCCAGCCGUAUUUAUUUACUUGUGGAUAUUGAUAACCGGUGAUAUUAAAAAUUUCGAACGUAGCAAGACAGCAUAUUCGGUUUACAUUGCAAAAGAUCCUAUCAAUUGUUACCAAAACUAUACAGAAGAGAAAAAGGAUACGUAG